GCUCAGUCGUCAGCGUGACGCGCUAGCAAACUUCUGCCCAUUCUUUUUCUUUUGCCGUUCAAGUACACCGUACCUUCGAACAAUUUCGACAUGCCCGAGUUCCUUGGAAAGAAGUACAAACUCGCCACCAGCGAGAACUUUGACGAACUCAUGAAGGCACUCGGUGUCGGCCUCGUCACUCGUAAGAUGGGUGCGGCUGUUAGCCCAGUGGUCGAAGUGACUGAGAAGGAUGGUGAAUAUACGAUGAAGACUCAGAGCACCUUUAAAAACUCCGAAAUCAAGUUCAGGCUGGGCGAAGAAUUCAAUGAGGAAACACCUGAUGGACGCAAAGUCAAGAGUAUCAUCACUCUCGACGGUAACAAGAUGACUCACAUCCAGAAGGGUGACAAAGACACCGUUAUCGAACGUGAAUUCACCCCUACGGAAAUGAAGGCUGUAAUGAAAGUUGACGACGUUGUUUGCACCAGGGUCUACAAGGCUGAAAACUAAUCUGCACUUGAUAAUUAUUUUAUGAUUUUUAUACAAGAUUUUUAUUUUGUUCUCUUUUUUUAAUGUUUUUGAUACUGAGUAGAUGCACUAUUAGCAAAAAUUUAAUGGUGCAAAGUUUACUUUAUUGAACUUCGUACAUUUUUUUUAUUAAAUUUUGUAUGCCAUAUGAUCAGAUAUUUAUAUUUGUGCCGAAUUUAUGAUGCUUGCCAAUAUUGUACGGAAAUAAACUUUCGUAAUAAACAUUUUGAUAGUAGUUU